UGAGGAAUACAUACGAGAGAUGUGGCGGCGAGUCCAGAAAGAAGAUCCAGUCAUGCGUUCAAAUUUCGAGAACUUCAUUUCCAAGAUGGCGGCCGACCUGAAAGAUUCGGAACGUGAAAGGACAAAUCUUCAGUCUACUUUAAAAUGUCGCAGUGAGAAUCAUGAAACCCAAGUACAGUCUCUAUACGCCGAGAUGGAAGAGCAACUCAUGCAAGAGAAAGAACGCAUUCUUGCUGAGGAACAGAGGAAAGAGCAACGAAUACGAGACGAACUAGGAACAGAACUGCACUUGAGAGACUACCAGCUGCAAGAUCUGUUGCAGAAACACACGCAAAUGGAAAAGCAACUGAAGGAGUUGAAUUCGGUUGACACGGUAACAAAAUACGAAAAUCUCAAAUUGCAAAAAGACAAAGAGGCUCUUGAAUCACGAUUGGAAGCUUCAGAGCGGUUGCUACAAAACAUGAAAACUCAACUGUCACUGCUCAGGAAACGAAGUAUAGAUGAGAAAAGGAAGAGGGCUCAAGCCGCUCUAAAGGUGUCUGAAGGGAUAGCCCUGGAACGAGAGAAUUUAGUUAUAGAGCUCGAGAACCUUAAAAAAAUCAACAAGCAGCUCCUCGACGAAAAUGAUGAGCUGUCACAGUCGGCGGUACAACUGAUAAGCGCUGUCAGCAACACUCCACAAAGGACGAGUCCAGAGAGACCAUUGGAAAUACGAGAAGACACAAAUGGACGCUUAUCAUCAGCAUCCAAUAUCUCUGGACCAACUGAAGACGACGAAAAUACCAAACUAGAAAAAACUCAAAGGGCGUCUCGUACCAUGUCUCUGGAUAGAAAAGUCGCACAAUCCCACCCAUUGAUGGGCACCGAUGACAGACCGCGUUCAGAGGUUCAAAGCCGCCUCGGAAGUUCUGAAGGAUCUUUGAAAAGCAGAAGUUCUGAAGUAGAAUGUGAGGUUGACGAUUCCUACUAUGAUGCCGGUAUUCAAAACAACCUCAAUAUCAAUCCCAAGGAAAAAUAUUAUCGACGUACAUCUUCCACGAGAUCGAAGAGUAGAAGAAGUUCGCAAAUGAGUCAGAGGUCUUCGAGCAUCAGAAGGAAGUCUCUGAAAAAGAAGUCUAUAGAUCAGGGAGCAGCCCCUUCCAGAGUUUUCAAAGUGGUCUUCGUGGGCGACUCCGGAGUGGGAAAGACGAGCAUUUUGCAGCGCUUCUGUCUAGACGACUUUAAACCAACCUUCAGCGCGACCAUCGGUGUAGAUUUCCAGGUGAAAACCAUCGAAGUAGAAGGAGAAAGGAUUGCCCUUCAGCUCUGGGACACCGCAGGACAAGAAAGGUUUCGAAGUAUGACACAUCAGUAUUUCCGUAAAGCGGAUGGCAUCAUCGUGGUGUAUGACGUAACUUCUGAGAUUUCAUUUAGGAAUGUGAGGAAUUGGAUACAUAAUAUUAAGGAAGGAGCGGAAGAAGGUUCAGUUAUUAUGCUGAUCGGAAACAAGACAGACUUGUGUGAAUCCGAGGACGAUAGAGUUAUACGAACCAAGGAUGGCACAAGAAUGGCUGAUGAAUUUGGAACUCUGUUUUUUGAGACAAGUGCCAAAACUGGAAACAGCAUAAACGAUGCCAUAGCUGCUUUAGCUAGUGUUUUGAAGACCAGAGAAGACGAGGCUAUGGAGCAAGUUCUGAAGUUGCAAGAAGAGGAAGGAAAAAGACAGAAAAAGAGAUGUUGCUGACAUUUCUCUCUUCAAUCUUCUUAACCUACACAAUCUUUUCAUUGUAUAAAGUGCUUUUAACUGUUUUUCAUUCUUGAACUUCUUCAAAAUAAUUAAAAAUUUUUAUUUUGUUACAA